AUGGGCAAUUGUGCUGCAGACAACGAAUACGAUGGUCGUAUGGGCGUCCGUAUUUCGUCCAUCUUCGUCAUCGGUGUCUGCGCGCUGUNNUUUGUAACAACCUGGUUCCCCGUCUUCGCUGCUAGGCACAGAGGUGUAGGCGUUCCGGAUUGGGCCUUCUUCAUCGCCAAGUACUUCGGCUCUGGUGUCAUCAUAGCGACUGCCUUUAUCCAUUUACUUGCACCUGCCAAUGAUGCCCUGACCGAUGAAUGCUUGACUGGUCCUAUUACCGAGUACGACUGGGUCGAAGGCAUCGUGCUGAUGACCAUCUUUGUGCUGUUCUUUGUCGAGCUCAUGACCAUGCGUUAUGCCAAGUUCGGCCACAGCCAUGAGCAUGAUGACUUGGAACCUGAAGACGACCUGGGUAUCAAGCCUGAGCCUUUUACCGAUGGCAAGAAGCCUGAGAUCCAUGAUCAUGCCGAUCCUGCUUACGAGAUGCACCCUGGACGUGCUAGCACAAGCACUGCUCACUGCCCUACCACUCCUCACGCCCGUGGAGACGACCACCUUGGCCAUGCCCGUUCUCAUGUCGACAACGAAAUUUCUGCCGGAUGGACCGAAGCCCAAAAGCAAGCUGCCAAUAGUGCUGUCAGCGAGUCUUAUGCUGCCCAAAUGACUGCUCUCUUCAUCCUCGAGUUUGGUGUCAUCUUUCACUCCAUCUUCAUCGGCUUGACCUUGGCCGUCUCUGGUGAUGAGUUCUCCACUCUAUACGUCGUCCUUGUCUUCCACCAAUCUUUCGAAGGUCUUGGUCUGGGUACUCGUCUCGCUGCUGUUCCAUGGCCUGAGUCAAAGCGCUGGUCUCCUUACCUUCUUGGUGCUGGCUAUGCCAUCAGCACUCCCAUCGCCAUUGCCAUCGGUCUUGGUGUCCGUCAAUCUUUCGCUCCUGGCAGCCAGACCACCCUGAUCGCAAACGGUGUUUUCGACAGCAUUAGUGCGGGUAUCCUGAUCUACACUGGUCUUGUCGAGCUCAUGGCACACGAGUUCAUGUUCUCGACCUACAUGCAAAAAGCCGGCAUCAAGACUGUCUUGACUGCCUUCCUUAUGAUGUGCCUUGGUGCCGGUUUGAUGGCUCUUCUCGGCAAAUGGGCUUAG